UACCGGCUCAUAAGUUGUCGUGUUGUGGCCUUGGAGUGUGGGACCUGUGGAGAGUUAUGACUCUAUACUUCUUACCGGCUCAUAAGUUGUCGUGUUAUUCCCUUUUCUAUUUUUGGUCAGUUCGUGUUAUGGCCUUGGAGUGUUAUAAAUAGGUCUCCAGGGACCUGCAGUUUGCUCCCCACAAGCCUUCCAUCUUCACUCCGCUCCCUCUCUUGAAACCCUAAACUUUCCCUGCUUCACUCAUUCCUUUCUCCUUUUCCCUGCAUCCGAAAAUGGCCGGAAACAACAGCUUCAUGACCAGCUUACUUGCCCUCCUCGACAGCGAAAAGUUCAUGAAAGAUGUAACGAGCUCAGGGAUAGAUCAAGUUGAUGUCAAGUAUUACUUGAGCCUCGUCGAGAAAAUCCUCCACCCAAAGGGUAACCAAGGUCAGAGCAAAAGCUUCAACCCACCUUCUGAAGGAAAGCCUGCUCCUUUGUCAUCCAUCAUCAACAAAUUGUGCUGUCAGAUCACUUGCGAGGCCCUGCACACCAACGAUGCAAGCCGAGCAAUGGAAUUGCUUUUCGACAAGUUGUCAUCCUUUUCAUGGGAUGCCAAGGCUGUGCUGACACUGUCAGCUUUGUCGGUUUACUACGCCGAGAAUCGGCAUCAUGCUGAAACUGAAAAAGACUACAAGUUAGUCUUGGCGGCCGAGUUGAGAGGGUCGCGUGCUGAUAAGUCGGCUUUUGCGGUGCUGGAGGAUCUGAUCAGGGUGAUUUUAGAGUUCACCGUGUGCACUGUUGAGUUUGCAAACUACUCUGAAAGUUUCAGAGAAUCGACAUCGAUUGACAUAAGAGCUAGAUUUUAUCAAAUCAUUGUCGGUGUUGUUGGCUGCUCAGUUCCGUUCUGUGGCAUGAUUAGCACGAGCAAUGAGUUCCUAGAGCUAAAUUUAUUGCCCUUCUCGAACCGAGUCAUGAAGAUAUAUAAAUCCUUCAAGAAAGAAGUGGAAAAUUUCAAGCAAGAGAACGCGGAGCGACUUCGAUAUAAGCAGAUCAAGGGACUUUACAGAUCUACUUAUGAUAUUUUAGGGCGUAUGGCCGUUCUGUUCUGCACUGAGAAGGAUUCGCCAACAGUUUAUCAUUGUUCCGAGAAGACCACCGUAAAGUUGGAGGUGUUCCAGAAAAAGAACGUGAUGCUGCUCAUUUCAGGCUUGGACUUGUCGAAUGAUGAUUUCAUACUCCUUACCAGCAUCUACAGUGACAGCACCUUCAAAUCUAGUAAUUACGAAAUUAUGUGGGUUCCCAUUGCGGAUGUAGAAGACGCUGUGAUGGAGGAGCAGUUCCAAAAGAAGGGAUCUCAGAUGCCCUGGUACUCAUGCAACUCCAUCGUCAGCAAGGCAUCAGCAAAGUUCAUCAAGAAGUAUUGGCACUAUAAGCAGCAGACAAAGGUUGUCGUGUUGAACCAAGAGGGGAAGGUGGUGAACAUGGACGCAAUGACAAUGAUACGCCUUUCGGGAUCAGAAGCCCUGCCGUUCACGCUGGAGAGGGGCUGCAAGCUCUGGGACGCGCACAGGAACAACUGGCUCAAGCUCUUGGUGAACAACACGGUCUUCCAAUCUGUCGAACAAAGCUUUGUAAACAGGGAGCUCAUAUUCUUGUGCGGCUCAGCUGAAGACUCCAAGACUGUCGAAGAGAUUGAAAACCACCUGAGCAAGAUCAAAUUCCCCGUCAAGUUCUUCAAUAUCAACACCAAGAGAAAGCAAUUCCUAUUCCGCCUCGAGAACUGCAUAUCCUGGAUGAUGCAGGCGAAUAAGGAGAUGCCAAAUUCCCUGAUGCCGGGGCUGCCCGAGCUCUACAGCAGCUACAAGAAGCAAAGCGGGUUCGCCAUCGUCGCGAGGGGGUCGAGCGUGAUCGUCAACACUAGUGUCACAGAUCUCUUGAAAGUGCUGUCGAAGCACGAGUUGAUCAACAACGUGACUAACACACAGGAUUUUGAAACCCACUUCGUAGCGUGCCACAAUAAGGUCGCUCCCCCGUCGCAAUGCCUCGAAUUCUCUAUCCCCAACAUGGUCGGUGACAUGCCGGAGUACACAAAGUGCCCCAAGGCCGAUUGCACUCUGAAUAUGGAGACCGUCACCACCUUCAAGUGCUGCCACGGUAAGCACUGACCAGCCAAUGAGGCCACCGAGCCCAACGCCUUCGUUUGGCGCUCCAGAAUAAACACCGACUGCUCAGCUCAGUCGCGUUUUCACGUCGUUUCUUUCUUUCCAGUUUGAUAUUGCUUUCCAUUGUGUGUGGUUGGAGUAUGUAACAAGAUUGUGCGUGAGCUGUGCACAACUCGAUGUACCGCGCAUGCGGACACGGUGUGCAAUGAAUAAAAGUUUUUUUAUC